AUGCGGGACGUCCUCAAGACCGAAGAACUCGAAAUCCCCUCCAAUGUUGAGAUUACCAUCAAGUCUCGUCUCAUUACCGUUACUGGACCCCGAGGAACAUUGACGAAGAAUGUUCGACAUGUUGAUAUGGAUAUUCGGCUGUUGAAGGGCAAAACAACGAAGGUCACGCUUGCAGUCUGGCAGGGAGGACGAAAACAUGUUGCUUGCCUCCGCACAAUUCGAAGUCUGAUUAACAACAUGAUCACUGGUGUUACAAAGGGGUUCCAAUACAAAAUGCGCGCCGUAUAUGCCCAUUUCCCAAUUAACUGCAUCAUUCAAGAAGACGGUCAUUCAGUCGAAAUCCGUAAUUUCUUGGGUGAAAAGACCGUACGACAUGUAAACAUGCUAUCAGGAGUUGUAGUUGCGGAGUCAAAAGCACAGAAGGAUGAACUGAUUCUUGAGGGUAACGAUAUUGACAUGGUUUCCCAAUCAGCUGCCUCCAUCCAAGGUGUCUGUCGUGUGCGCAACAAAGAUAUCCGCAAGUUCUUGGAUGGUAUCUAUGUGUCAGACAGGGGCACCAUUGCUACAGAUGACGCCUGAUAUCAUUACUUUGCAUGACCCUCUUUCAUAACAUGAAUGCGAUAUGAUUUCAAUCAUAUUUGAAGACAACCGUUGAGUUAGCGAAAUUAGAUAGGAAUGACAUGGUCAUCUCAUCAGGGUACGAAGGGUAUC